GACACGACGUGACCGAAGCCGUAUCUCGUAGUGUCAGCGGAUAAUCGUUAACGCCGAUAACACCGAUAACAAGCACAUUAAAGUUGAUCAUCUCUUAUUUAAUUGAUGAAUUAUAUGUGUGUAGACGACCGUUGAAUUUGACAGUGAUGCGAACUGCUGUCUGAAAUAUUUUCUAAAAGUUCAAUUUUGAACCAGGGCGAAUAGGAAAUAAUGUCAAUUCUGCAUCGGGAUGACUGAUGAACGAAAUUUCCGUUCAUCCUAUUACGAAAAGGUGGGAUUUCGUAGUGUGGAGGAAAAAAAAUCACUGGAAAUAUUACUGAAGGAACGUCCGUUUGAUAAAGCAAAGCUGAAGCAGUUCUGUCUACGUUUUACAGUGCCGGCGAUGCACAGGAAUUUUUUAUGGAAGAUCUUGUUAGGAGUUACGCCUGUUUAUGCAGAGAGUCAACAUUUUGUUAGUGCACAAAGACGCAUAGAGUUUGAAGAUCUGCAAAAUGCUCUCAAAGUUGCUAAAAUCAUGGAAGAGGGGACCAAACCUCACCAAGUCUAUUUGACAAUGUGGCUUCUCAGAACUAGACGCGCAAAAAUUGAUAUGACCGCUCAGCUUGAAACUCCAUUGUUCAGAGCAAUGAGCAAGAUAGCGGAGAGUCUGUGGCACGUAACCGAAGGAGAUCAUGAAUUUGAUCGCCUGGUGGAUAUGUACUGGCUUCUUAGUGGUUUUUUAGAUCAUGUUCAAAAGUUUUGUCGCGAUGUAUCGAGACUUCAAGAAUGUACGAUUUCAUUACUGGAACGUGAAGAUUCAGGGCUCUAUAAACAUCUUGUAAAACUCGAGGCUUUGCAGAGUGUGCCUUUUGAAUUUUGGUUCUGUUCGUGUUUUGCUGGAAACAUAAGUGACGGAUCUUUACCAAAAAUCUGGGAUAAAAUUGCCGUUGGAGCUUACAAAAUUUUAGUCUUCGUCGCGGUUGUUAUUCUCACCACUCUCAGACGAUUGGUUUUCAAAUGCAAUACUGUUGAAGGAAUAUUAGAUACAAUAACCAACAUAAACGAAGAAACUUCCGAAGUAAUUGUGAACAAAGCUAUCGAACUUUGGCAGCAGAGUGGCUCUAUUCUUGGGACUAUGUCGCCAAACACGUUGAGCAUACCGAUGAACACAUGACUGGGUCGAUUAUUUUUAUUACUAGAAUACUCGUUAUUAUGAAUAAAUUUGUGUUUGUGGAUGUUUUUCAUGAAUUGGAUGAAAAGUCUAUGAUUAUUUGGAGUACAAAAAAGUUUGAGACUUUUCAACUCUUUGAUAAAUAAAUUCUCUUUUUUUUA